GGUCAUUGUCAUUGCAAAAAAAUGAACCCGCACCGCUCUACUCCCAACUUUUCAAUCGAGAUUCGUCACGUACACUCAACAUUCUACCAUCGCUGCCAUGGAAACUCUCUCUACCUUGCUAUCGUGGCAGAGCAUUGUUGCUACCAUCAUCCUCUACUAUGUGACACUUGCGCUAUACCGGCUGUAUUUACACCCCCUAGCGCGAUUCCCUGGCCCUAAACUCGCGGCGGCGACGCGAUUGUACGAAGGUUACUAUGAUCUUUACCAAAGCGGCCAGUAUACCUUCAAAAUAGCAGAACUGCAUAAACAGUACGGCCCAAUAAUUCGUAUUAGCCCCUACGAGCUUCAUGUGAAUGAUGCAGCUUUCUUUGACAUUCUCUAUAAUCGCCAAGAAGGAGUAUGGCAUAAGUAUGAUUGGUCGGUGGAUGCUUUCGCGACUAAAGGCGCCACCAUCUGGACGGCCGACCAUACCAUCCACAAGAACCGCCGUUUACCAUUAAAUCCAUUCUUCUCAAAGGUCAAGGUGUCAAAGCAGCAGGAAAUGAUCAUGAAACAUGUCAAUGCGCUUUUUGGCAGAUUGUCGGGCUUUGCCGCGUCUCAGAAGACUGUAGAUCUUGGCGCCGCAUUUACUGCUUUCGUACGAGACGUUGUUAACGAGUAUAUAUUCGGAAAACAUUAUAAUGAUAUUGGAAAGGAGGACUUUGAUGCCGGUAUGGUGGUCGCCGCUCAGGCCGGUGGUCUUUUGUGGCGUACCACCAAGUUUAUACGGUUCUUUGGUCCCCUUAUGCGGUCCAUCCCGCCGCAGUGGAUCAUGGCGAUCUCCGACCCCAUCACGAAGGAAUUCUUCCGCUUUAUGAUGAUCUCUAUGAAUGACACCAAGAACUUCAUGAAGGCGGCAGUAUCCCAAGACGAUCAUGGACCACGUACAUUGGUCCAUGAAAUCGUGCAAUCCAAGCUUCCACCCCCGGAGAAGUCAUUUGAACGAAUUUUUGAGGAAAUGUCCACCACAACAGGGGCUGGCUUUGAGACGACGGCUGCUGUUAUACGAAUUGCGGCUUUUCACAUCUACAGCGAUCCCAAGAUCCUCCAAAAGCUACGAGCCGAGCUUGCUUCUGUCCCCGAUUAUGACUGGAAGACGCUAGAGAAGCUUCCUUACUUGACGGCCAUCAUCAUGGAAGCUAUGCGUCUAGCUCCAGCCAUAGCUACUCGAAGUUCUCGUAUUGCCCAGGAUAAAGACCUCGUUUAUGCAGGUUGGCGGAUACCAGCCGGUACACCUGUCGGAAUGACCAUACACUUACUCCACCAGAAUGAGGAAGAAUAUCCGGAACCCGAACGCUUCAAUCCAGAUCGAUUUAUGGAUCCUAACCCAUGGCAGCUAGGUAACAGGACAUUUGUGCCCUUUGGAAAAGGAAAGCGUAAUUGCAUUGGAAUGCAUCUUGCCUGGGCCGAAAUGUAUCUCCUGCUUGGCAACAUAGUGCAGCGCUUCGAAUUCAAGUUUCCCGCAACAAAGGCAGAGGAUUUUUAUGUCACAAAUGACAAUUUUGCCCUCGUCACCCCAUCCAUGGGAGUUGUCCCCGCUCUUGUUACCGAAAUUUAGGUAUGAUAUUGGCGGAGUUUUGGGAAAGGGGGCCUGUUAAAAGGGUUAUUGAGUCAUUGUUACACGUUUAUUUAGGUAAGGGGAAAUAUAUAAUUAUAGGGAGUCAUGCGCUGAAGACCACUGUAACUACAGGUGUAUCAUCCACUAUAAAUUUUGUGAUUGGGUUGAUAGUGCUUACCCCCUAUAAAUAGAGCACCCUACUAAAGCGCCCUAUAAUUACAGCGCUGUUCAAUUAGUAAGUCUCGACCUACGUAGGUACCUAGGUAUACCUAAAUUACAGCACACCUCUCACU